UUUCAUUUCUCUGUGACUGCAAUUGUCCACUUUAUAUCCAGUGUUCCUCCACCAUGCCCUUAGAAUUGAACCCCGCAUUUGCCGAGACCGCCGACCCUCUCCUGAAGAUAUUGGCUGCCAGUCCAAAGCACGCAGUGCAUGAUAUCCACGCUCGCCGGAUAGGGAUCACUGCCCUGUAUGAUUCCGUCUUUGCGACAUUGCCCUAUGCCCGGGGAGUAGAACGGACGGUUCAUCAAGUCCGGUCGUAUGACGGAUGGACCAUUUCCGUCAAACGCUACUAUAAGAAGAACAACUCGUCCCCGGCACGUGGCCCAGCAAUCUUCCACGUGCAUGGAGGGGGGAUGAUUCAGGGCACGGUUGAUCUGUUCGACAAGGAGCUCGCCCUUCAAGUCGAGAAGAGCAACAUUCCGAUCUUCUCGGUAGAUUACCGGCUGGCACCCGAGUGUCCGCAUCCAACACCACUUGAGGAUUGCUAUGCUGGACUGGCGUGGCUCCAUCGGCAAGCAGCCCAUUUCCGGGUAGACAACAGCCGCAUUGCUCUCAUGGGGGAGAGCGCCGGGGGGUGCCUUGCUGCGGGCAUUGCUAUGCUGGCCCGGGAUAGGGGCUUAUCCCCGCCUCUCGCGAAGCAGGCUCUGUUUGACCCGAUGUUAGAUGAUAGAAAUACCGUCCCAAAUCCUGCGCUGGAGCCUUUCGCUACGUGGACUUACGAGGACAAUCUCACUGGCUGGACUGCCCUGUUGGGACAAGAUAUCGGGACGGACAAUGUCUCGCCAUACGCUGCGCCUGCCCGAGCCACCAACCUGGAAGGCUUGCCGCCAACGUACAUCGACGUAGGCGAGCUGGACAUCUUUCGUGACGAAGCUAUCGCCUUCGCGGCGAAGCUCGCAACUGCCAAUAUCAGCUUGGAAUUGCAUGUGUACCCGGGUCUGCCUCAUGUUUUCGAGAUCUAUGCACCAGACUGUGAACCCUCUCAGAGGGCCCUCGAAAAUCGAUCCAAGUUCCUUGCCAGCCUAUAAUGCUGCAUGCGGGGACUCGGAUGGCGUGUUUAUGCCACUGAGAACCGAGUCGUUUGACCAGACCAGCCAUAAUCGAUGGACAAAAUAACAUGUGUUGUGUGCACAAUCAUUGGAGCGGUAUGGAAUUGACUAGAAUGGAUUCUAGGUUGGCUGUCGAGAGAGUGCGUCAUCCGGAAGAGCGGAGUGGCUGAGCGCCAGAUGCAAUAAAAGAUGGUCAGAGCUUCCAGCUAAGAGGAUGUAUGUACUGGGUAUCGGUCUAACACGGCUACUGUAGGCAGAAGAAAAUUGUACGUAUGUACUAGGACAAAUGAUUG